CCUCCGCCCCCCGUCCCACCCCCGCCUCUCUCCAUUGUGCCAGGGGGCUUCAUCAAGCAACUGGUCCGUGAGACUGAGAAGGAGGCCAAGAAAAAGGAGCCCGAAAUCAAGGAGGAGAAGCCUCAGCCCAGCAAUCUCAGUGACAACCUGGUGCUCCCCUUCCUGCUUCCUGAAGAGGAGAACACGCCCCCAGAGGCAGAGAUGGCCAGCCAAGCCGCGCUUUUGGUCAACGGUCUCCACGGUGAGACAGAGGGAAAAGGCCGCCCUGCCGCGGUUGCUAGGAAACCCUUGAGGAGGCUGAUGUCACCAGAGCCAGGAGGGACAGUGUCUCACUCUGCAACUAACGGGAUCGCACAGAAACAGGAACUUGGGCUGCACAAACAGGAAGAGGAGGUAGCCACGGAAACCAAACCGGAAGCUUCCCGCUCUCGUUCCAGGUGUGAGGAUCCUUCAGCGGGGAAAACGGAAAAACAAGAGGAAGAGGAGAGAGGGGAAGAGUCAGAAGAGAAAGAAAGAGAGAGGGACCAUGUGAAGAACGCAACAGAAGAGCAGGUGGCAGUGGAGAGAGCUGGGACUGCAGAGGGCAGAUUGGAGUCAGAGCAGAAAGACAUGUGGUAUGAGGCAGGCAAGGUGUGGUACGUGCAGAAGGAUGGAUUCUCUCUGGCGACGGAGCUGAAGCCAGACGAGAGGACCCCCGAUCUCCCCGAGGGGACAGCCAGGAUUCGGCUGGACAGCGAUGGGACCGUGGUGGAGGUGGAGGAGGACAAGAUUGAGAGGACGAAUCCCCCUGGUCUGGAGCUGGCGGAGGACCUGUCCCAGCUGGUCAGUGUGAACGAGUCGAGUGUCCUGCACACGCUGCAGAGCCGCUACCAGGCACAGCUGCACCACACGCUGGCGGGGCGCAACCUCCUCUCAGUGCGGCCUGACGCAGCCGCGGGGAAGACCGGGAGGGGAAAGAAGACAGGCACGGUGCCCCCUCUCAUCCAGUCCAUGGCACAGCGGGCGUACUGGAGCAUGGUGAUGGAGCAGCGGGACCAGACCAUCGUGCCACUGGGCCGCAGCGGAGCCGGCAAGACCACCAGCUGCCACAGAGUGCUGGAGCAGCUGGUGAGCAAAGCGGGCAGCGUGGACUCCACCGUGACAGUGGAGAAGAUCCAGGCCAUCUUCACGGUCCUGCAGUCUUUCGGCUCAGUGACCACGCAGCACAAUAGCAGCUCCACGCGCUUCUCCAUGGUGCUGGCUCUGGACUUCAGCCACGCCGGGAAAGUGGCGGCCGCACACCUGCAGACCAUGCUGCUGGAGCGCACUCGUGUCUGCCAGCACCCGGAGGAUGAGAGCAGCUUCAACGUGUUUGCACAGAUGCUGGCGGGACUCAGCAUGGACCUCAGGUAUCACUAAUCUAAUGCUGUGUGU